GUUGGGGGGUCUCCCUUGGGAACCGUGACUGUCACCCUGGGGUGAUGUAUGUGGGUGACCACCGGGAGUUAAGCGUCGGGGUGUCCUCGUUAGCCGGACGUAGUAAAAAACAUCGGUGAUGAGAGUUUUGUCUCUCUUGCUUUUGGAAACAAUUUUAAUGUAAUGAAAACUUUGAAGAGCUAUGAACUUACAGAAAUGAUGUGGGAAAUGAUUUUUAUGAAAAUGACGUGGAACUCUCACUUCAAAGGGCCUGUCUGUCUAUGAACAAGAGGAAUGAGGUGAAGAAGGGAGGAGAAGAUUUCAAUACUUGGGAAAUCAUCGUUUCUCCGAAUAGCCUUGGCAGAAGAUAAAAUUUCUGAACAGAAACUCAUCACUGGUCCAGAAGCAACAAGAGCAACGCAUGGCAGUGGCAACCAUUUCCCAAAUUCAGGAGGGAAUGCUGCAAGCCCAGGAAUCACUGACAUUGAAGGAUGUGACUGUGGAGUUCACCCGAGAGGCCGAGCUCCUGGACCCGGUUCAGAAGGACCUGUACCUGGAUGUGAUGUUGGAGAACUAUCGCAACCUGGUGUCCGUGGGGUAUCAAGCUAGCAAACGAGCUGUACGCACUACGUUGAAAGGAGGAGCACUGUGGACAAUAGAAGAUGAAAGCUACCUUCAAGUCUGUUCAGAAAAUGGGAAAAUUGAUGAUCACCUCCAGCAUCAAUUGCAAACGCAAAAAAUUCGGGAGUGUGUGGAACAAUGCUAUGAAUAUAAUUCAUUUGGAAACAUUUUUAAUCAUAGAAAAUGUAAUUUCCCAUUAAAGCACCAUCAUACGUUUGAUUUGCAUAGAGAAACUUUAAAAUCAAGUUUAAAUUUAGAGAAUGAGAACAGCGGCUGUGACCUGGAAAAGUUGACUGAGUUUAAUGGACAUGGACAACAACCCUUUCUCCAAGAUAAACACGUGCAACUUUAUACUGAUAGUGCAAAAUGCUUUAGUAACAAGUCCCAGAUUGUUAGCCAUCAGAACACUGCCAAAAUAGUGAAUACUCAUGAAUGCAAUGAAUGUGGCAAAACUUUCAUCAAGAAGUCUCAGUUCCUUGACCAUCAAAUGAUUCAUACAGGAGAGAAACCUUAUGGGUGCAGUAUGUGUGAGAAAGCAUUCGUCAGAAGGUACAGGCUAAUUGAACAUCAGAGAACUCAUGCAGGACUGAAGCAUUAUGAGUGUACUGAAUGUGACAAAACCUUCCUUAAGAAAUCACAACUCAAUCUGCAUCAGAAGACCCAUAUGGUAGAGAAACCAUAUAUAUGCAAUGAAUGUGGAAGAACCUUCAGCAAAAAGUGUUUGCUCGGUUAUCAUCAGCGAACUCAUACAGGAGAGAAACCUCAUGGGUGCACCCUGUGUGGGAAAGCCUUCUGCACAAAAUCCAGUCUUACUACUCACCAGAAAACUCAUAGAGGAGAGAAGCCCUUUAGAUGCAGUGAGUGUGGAAAAGGCUACAUGGAGAAGAGGCGUCUUCUUGCACAUCAUCUAACUCACACCGGAGAGAAGCCCUUUAUAUGCAAUGAAUGUGGGAAACGAUUCACUAUGAAGAAUAGUCAUAUCACACAUCAGCAGACUCAUACAGAAGAGAAAUCCUACACAUGCAGUGAAUGUGGAAAAGGCUUUUCCAUGAAGCACUGUCUCAUAAGACAUCAGCGAACUCAUACAGGAGAGAAACCCUAUGUAUGCACUGAGUGUGGAAAAGGUUUCCCACUGAAGAACCCUCUUAUCAGGCAUCAGCGAACACACACAGGAGAGAAGCCUUAUGCAUGCAGUGAAUGUCAAAAAGCCUUCACCAUGAAGAUUGAUCUCAGCAUACAUCAGCGUAUUCAUACUGCAGAGAAACCAUACGUGUGCAAUGAUUGUGGAAAAGGAUUUACUGUGAAGAGCCGUCUCACUGAACAUCAGAGAAUUCACACAGGCGAGAAACCUUUUUUAUGCAGUGAAUGUGGGAAAGGCUUUUCUACAAAGAUCCGACUAAUUGGACAUCAACGAACUCAUACAGGAGAGAAGCCCUAUAAAUGCAACCAAUGUGGAAAAGGCUUCACUGAAAGGAGCCAUCUCAAUGUACAUCGGCGCACUCAUACUGGUGAGAAGCCCUACAUAUGCAAUGUGUGUGGGAAAGCUUUAAGUGGGAAAAGUGUGCUCAUUGCACAUCAGCGAACUCAUACUGGAGAGAAGCCCUAUGUAUGCAAUGAAUGUGGAAAAGGUUUUGCUAGAAAGAGUAAUCUUGUUUAUCACCAGCGAUCUCAUACAGGGGAAAAAUCUUACCUAUGUGGCGAAUGUGGAAAGAGUUUCACCAUAAAGCGCACUCUCAGUGUACAUCAGCAAACUCAUGUCACACAGAAAUCAUAUAUAUACGAUCGACUUGAAAAGGCUUCAAAACAGAAUGCACUCUCCUUAUAUAUAAGUGAGCUUAUUUUGAAGAGAAAUCCUUUGUGACAGUUAACAUCAUGCAUGCACUAGGCUAUGUUUCCCAGUUGUUGUUUUUUUGGUGAAACUACAUCAAGUAAUCAAAAAAAAAAACAACAACCAACCAAACCAAACCUAUUACCAUUGAGUUGAUCCAGAUUCAGUGACCCGUGAUGACCUAUGAUUAUAUCUAUUAGCCUUGGAUAGAGCAGAUUUCCUCCUAUGUUUUAUUGUAAGGUAAUCAAUCACCGCUUCACAAUGUGAUUUUAAUAUGUUCAGUCACAUAAGGUCAUGCCAGUGUAAGGUGGAUCUUAAAACUACUGAUAUAUAAGUUAUUAGAAAACCAAAAUACACCCAGGGACACACACAUAUAUAGGGGAAGACAACAUAUGAGUCUUCUCUAUGGGCAGUUAUACCAAAGAUCAUUGGCAAAUACGAGAAACCAGGAAAAAGUCUCACAGAUGAGACUGACCUGGCUGAAACUGAUUCUAGCCUCCCGAACUGUGGGAAAAUAAACCUCUGUUCUUCAAAGCCAA